ACUUCCGCUUCCGGGAAGGGCGGGUGGCAGGGGCGACGUGUCGGAGCGGAGCGGGAACCGGCGCCUGGGCGACAUGGAGCUGGAGGCGAUGAGCAGAUACACCAGCCCGGUGAACCCGGCCGUGUUCCCUCACCUCACCGUGGUGCUCUUGGCCAUCGGCAUGUUCUUCACCGCCUGGUUCUUCGUCUACGAGGUGACUUCGACCAAGUACACAAGAGACAUCUACAAGGAGCUGCUGAUCUCGUUGGUGGCCUCACUCUUCAUGGGCUUUGGUGUCCUUUUCCUGCUGCUGUGGGUUGGUAUCUACGUCUGAAGCACCACUACCACCUCCUCAAUCCCAGUGGCUGGAAGCUCCUGGAGUUCUUCACACUCUGCAAGGGGUCAGGGGUGGGGGUGGGGGCUGUCCUGUGACUUCAGUAGCAGCAGAGCUUUGCCCUGGGGAAUGCUCUCACUGAGCUCCUCCAUCUCUAGGCCAGUUCUAGAUGGGAGGCCUCACACAGAAGCUCUUUUUUCUAUUCCUUUUAUACUUCAACCCCAAAGCCCUUCCCAGGUGUGGGCUGUGCUCAGCCAAGGGACUUCUGCCAGCACCAAACCCUGAAUAAAAGUGGCUCUGUCCCCU